AUGUCUCAGAGAAGACAUGAGUAUGAAGAUCAGCUGAAAGUCCAAGAAAGGUUUGUCUGCCACCUAUGGGUCAAAUAUUUUACAAUGAAGCUCACAAAAUAUACCGGCCAAGCACAAGAGACUUGGCAACAUGAAGAAGUGGUGCUGUCAAGAAGCGUAGUGAAUGAUGGCAAUAGAGUGGAUUUGAUACUGCGUCUUUCAAACUCCAUCAAAGGCACCAAAUUAAAAGCUUUGGGGAGAGCUCAAGUAACCACAUGUGGAAUCCAUGGUAAUAGGCCGAUUAUGCUAUCUGGUACCCAUUGGCAUUGGUUUAAUUGUCUCAGCAUACAGUUAUACAAUGGUGAUGAUACGAAUACACGACACAGAAUCUGA